AUGUUCGUAGCAUGAGGCAUCAGUUUGUCGUCUUCCAAUACCUUUGCAAGAUGUGGUUCAAAAUCCUUCUAAUAUACGUCUGGUUAUUCAGAUAUGUAUCUUGUGAUAAAAGCCUUGCAAUAGUGCUGGAUAUAACAGGGUCUAUGCAAGAGGAAUUAGAAAAUAUAAAAGUGGGUAUUAUUUCUGCAUUCACUACAGCUACUAAUGCGGCGAUUACUGAUUAUAUUUUAGUGCCGCUUAAUGAUUCUGAUGUAGGAACGCCUACAAUAGUGCACAAGCCAGGAGAACUGAUUUCUUCAGUGCGUUCUGUAUCUGCUGGAGGAGGGAUUAUAUGCCCAGAAAAUACAUUGUCAGCCAUCGAAAAAGCCCUUAUAAUAAGUAAACCAAAAUCAAACAUUUUCGUUUUUACCGAUGCGUACGCGAGAGAUGCCCACAAAUUCGGUUCCGUUGAAAACUUAUGCAGGUCUACUGGCAGUCAGGUUGUCAUAGUUUUGAGUGGAUUUUGCUCUUCGAAGUUAUCGCCUAACGCGACUGUACAAGCUUAUUAUGAUGUAGCUAGAGUUUGCUCAGGCGCAUUGCUCCUUUUCGAUGCGGCUGCGUUAAGACAUUCUUUCAUGUACAUAAAGGAGGUAAUCAACGAAGAAUGGACAGAUAUUACCGCUUAUGAUACAUUCACGUCAUACAAACAAUUGUCUUUUUCAGUCGACGCAUAUACAACUAGUUUAUUGAUAGUGGUUUCUGGUGAUUAUCCUAAGGUGGAAAUAUUGACACCCGAUAACUCAAAUCACACUGUCGAGAAUGUAGUGGACACAAGACAUACGAAGGUAUUACGUUUGAAAAAUCCAACGUUCGGUAACUACACGAUGAAAAUCAACUGUCGGGAUCAAACUUCCCUUUUGAUAUACAAAAAGUAUGAAUUACCGGUCGCCUUCGGAUUUUCAACAAAGGUGCCUAGAAAAAUGAUUGAAGCUAGUAAAAGACCUAUACCAGGCCGAGUGAAUUAUAUCCUCGUCGAUGCAUCGCAAGGAAAACUGAAACUUGAAGGAAUAGAAAUACAAGUGGCGAAUGAAGAGAAAAAAUCAUUGGAGAUACAAGAAACUCUUACUAAAGGCAUCUACCUGGCCAAUACAUUUAUUGAACCUGAUAAAUCUUUUCGCAUUUGGAUAAAGGGGUCUGAUACAACUACAUUUCAGGGAAUUAACACUUCAUCAGAAAACAUUUUUCCUCAAAAAGCCACUGCAACAGAUCCAACGUGGACUAAACCUCAUUCGAUACUAUUGGAAACUGAUCCAGUGACCGUAGAUUUCGGAACAAAUGCCACUUUCGCAUGUAAAGUCACUGGUUACCCAAAACCAAACAUCGUGUGGGAAGACAGCGAUGGAAAUAUAUUGCCUUCAGAGAAUGAGUUACUGGAAAUACCAUCGUUAUACAUAAGUUAUGUCAGCUUAGAAAAUGCAACGGUCUAUACCACGAUAUACUGUAAAGCUAAGAAUUCAAAAGGUGAAGAUAGUCAAAGUAUUAACGUAUAUGUGCAUAGGCCAUUCACAUUUGAGGUUAUUCAGACUCCAGAAGACCAAACUAUCGAAUACGGGAGUGAAGGAAAAUUAUACUGUGAAGUAUCAGCGUAUCCACCUGCCGAGGUUAAGUGGUCCUACAAUAACAGCGCCAUAUUGCCGUUUGAUGAUGUACAAAUAGACUCCGAAACGAACGCACUGUGGAUCAAAAAUAUGACCACUAAAAAUGUCGGUGAAUAUAAAUGUGAUGUCACCAACGAAGUCAAUGAAAGAACUUUCUCCGCUACCGUUUCAAUUUCGGGCAUAGAAGCCCCAGAAGUCGUUGUUGAUAGAGAAAACGUUACCCUCAGGCUAGGAGAAACGAGUUAUCUUGAAUGCAGAAUUAUUAAAGGAAAGCCAACACCUACCAUAACAUGGCAAUACCUACCCUAUCAUGGAUACGACUACUGGAAUGUGCCAGAAGGCACAGAGGUUACUGAUGACGGCAAGCUAAAGAUAAUAUCAGCAGCGAAAGCACACUUCGGCAAAUACAAGUGUGCAGCCAACAAUAUACUAGGAACUAGUGACUCAGUAAUCCUCGUCCAAAUACAAUAUCCGCCGUCGAUAUCGGAUCCUGAAACCACUACACUGACAGUUAAAGAAGAAGAUGAUGUAGUGUUACCGUGCAAGGUUAAAGCUUCACCAGAAGCUACCGUGCAUUGGGAGAUCCCACACGAAGUUAUAUUGGACAGCAGACAUUAUACCGACCAACACCAUAAUCACCGAUUUAGAGCUUUGUGGAAAGAUUCUGGCAAUUAUGAGUGCAUCGCUGAAAAUGGUGUAGGUGUGGCAAGGAAAACUAUAACAGUGGAUGUCCUUGUUGCACCGUAUAUUGAAGGUCCAAGUCACAAGACCGUGGUUGCGAGAAAUGGCGACAAUCUUGUGUUGAACUGUAACGUGCAAUAUGGCAACCCUUUGCCAGCUACCAAAUGGCAGUUUAUAGCACCGGAUUCUACCAUAAAAGUUUUGUCAAGGAACCGUUCGUCGAGUCCACUGCAUUUAAACAAUGUGAAAUACACCAAUGAGGGAUCAUAUCUGUGCAUAGCAGACAAUAGUAUUGGCACCGACAGCAUAACUAUUUAUGUUAAAGUAAUAGGGGAGGAUUGGGGAGUUGCGGACGCUGAAGGGAAAUAACGCACAACAUUCGUACUAUCAGUAAUAAUCAGUCUGUCUUGAUUAAAUAUUAAUCUUUAGUUAUUCAUCUACAAAAACAAUUAUACUUAUUAUACGAGAUCAGUCAAUAAAUAUAAUAUUUUUAGCAAAAACAAAACCUUGUCUGUCCGUAAUUACCCGUAGCGCUCGGGGUAAAUUCGGACUGACCCUGGGUUAAUUACGGACAGCAUGGGGUAUUCACGGACUAGGUCCACAUCGCUACAAAAAUCACAAGUAAAGCCUUUAGAAGAACUUCCUACAGUGCAGUUCUCAUGAGCCCACUUGUCACACUUUGAACACAUAAUCCAACCUUCGGCGGAUGGAUCACUGUACUUUUCUUGACAAUAAAUGCAAACGUAAUCAACAUUUCAACAUCAACAUUUUAAUCAAAAUUUUCAGUUCGUUUUCUUGUAUUCCGUUUAAAAUGGAUUUUAACCUCUCUUUGGUAUUGUAGAAACACUGCCCUUUUUCAAUUGGUCAAACACAGUAGCUCUGGUAAUACCAUAUUUUUCUUCCGCCUGACGAAAAGUUAUCUGGUCUUUUAUUUCUUGCACAGCUUUUUGUAUUGAUUCGAUGGUGUAUGAUUGUUCUUUUUUCUUAUAUAUAUUUCCGAGGCAUUCAAAAAUGAGUAGUUAUUGAUUGAUUUCAUAAUAGUUUAUCGAAUUAGGGGUAAUUGCAGACGUACGUAUUUACCCCGCAAGGCUUGUCCGCAAUUAUCCCCACUGGGUAUUUUUAAAUCAGAGAGAGAAAUUUGUAAGUUAUGAAAACGUUCCAUAAAAACAAACAUUGGCGCUGCAAACCCCAUUGACAAAGCUAUCCAUAGAAAAUAUCACUUUUUACCAUCACUUAGUAUACAGACUUGUCCCUUGAAUUGAAAAACACUGAAAAUUAGAUCAUUAUGCACUUUUUUUAAAAAAAUACCUACCGUUCAAACUGUGCGCAGCCGGCUGUCGUAAGUUUUUGCGUGGCACUAAAAUGGCUUAAAGAAACAGAUGACAGCACCGGGCUGCCGCGGGGGGAAGGAGUGAGUAGAUACAUGCUAGUCCGUUUUUACCCCGCGUCCGCAAUUCCCCCACUCUCCCCUAUAAGCCAUUAGUUAUUUAUAGAUAAGAUUUUGAAUGUAUCGGUUUAAUUAUUACAAUAAAUAACUUCUGUAAAAA